AUGGCCGCGCAGAAGGCCCCUAGGCGCAAGGCGUUCGCGCUCAAGGCGACCGAGGGCACGCCUCUCUUCAGACGCGACAUCCAAUACGACUUUCUAUCCCAUAUUUUCCAGGAUGACCGGCGUGUCUUUUCUACCGGCUCGGGGGACGAGAAGUCGACGUUUCGGGAUGUCUACGUGCGCUCUCUCAUGGCCUCUCCCCGCAUCGCGAAGGGUCUGCGCGAGAAGAUGGCCGAUUCCCCCGCUUUUGCCGCCGACUUUGGAAUGGUGUCCCUUUUGGCAAACGUCGGAAGAAUCAACACCACUAUGACAUUUCUCCCCGAGAUGCGCACGAACCUCCGUUCAUACCACCCUGUCCCCUCCCUUCAGACUGUGGAUCCAAACCUGCAGGAUGCACCGAGGAUUAAGAACAUCUUGAAGGCGUGUCAUCUGCCUGGCGAAGCGGACGCCCUGCCGGUCACCCCAGCGGAGCUACGAAGCAAGAUCGCAAGCGGCACCGUGCCCUCCACCAACAUCGUGAACCUUCUAUUCGUACUUUCCAACCACUGCACCUUCAUUGCCUCCGAGCAUUUCGGCCGGCAAGACGUCGAUCUGCUCGACUUCUUCACCCCUGUGCCGUUCUCAUCCUCUUCGAGGGCCCGCGCAUUUCUCUGGCUAGUCUACCACUACUACCAGUGCACCGAAGGCACACCAAAUCCUUUCACCGGCCCCGACGUCUCAACAUCGAAUUCGGCCACGAUACCCCCUCUCAGCGAUCUUACACAACCAGAGCAGGAUCUGGAGAACAUCGAUACGCCCGACGAGCUCGUGUACGGAGAGAAGAUGCACAAGUUUCGUGUGGACUUUAUGGCAAGGACGGCCGAGGAUGCUGCCUCCGUUGCAACCGAAGCAGGUGGGGCGGACACCGGAGGCGCAGGGAAAGCGAAGGGCAAGGGACGCGGGAAAAAGCCUCAACAUCCAACCGUGGCUGCUCUUGCCUCCGGGUCAGCGGGAACGUCGUCGCCCAAGGGCAGGAAGCGUGCACACGCAGAACUUGAGCUCAAACAUGAAGACGUCGACAUCGUAUUAUCCUCACAAGAAACUCAUCGGACAAGUGCGACCGACGGCUCAUCUCGUCCUGCUCAACGUCGUCGUAUCGGUCAUGCAACGGGACUUUCCAUACAGGAUGCACUAGCGGCACCCCCAGUCCCUGCGCCUUCUUCGCACCGUCGGCCACGCUAUAGUGCAGACGAAAUAGCGGCACGUUCUGGCCGCCAGCGUACUGUCUUCGGCCAGGCUCUCCAUGUACUCGGCACGUUGGACCCUCUGGUCGACUCAGACGACGAAGCAGAUGAUGCCGCGCGAUACAGCUACGACAUCAAACUCAGAGUUCUUCGCGACUACGCUGAACCUCGGAAGCAUGACCGCAAAGGAGGGCUUGGGCACGCACUUAACCAAACAUCUGUCUCCGCCGUAUGGCAAACUCCAGCAGGUGCUGAUCUCAGCCCUAUAUCGUCAAGAAGGGGCGAUGCGGCGGGGCCUGAUGCAUUCGAGCGUCAGUCAUCUGUGCCCUAUACUUACGGCGAGCGGCGGUCGUCACUAUCAGAACACCGCUCGCGACGGCGACCCUCGAUGGGCUAUGGCCAAGACUCGUCCUAUGAGUACUAUAGCGCUCGUCACAGUCAUGUACAGGAGCCUCGCUCGCACCAUGCACACCACGACCACCCGGUGUUCACUUACGAUCAACCUGUUCACGCUCGACGGCGUCCAUCGUACCCGGAUACCCGCGUAUACGACCGUCAGUCGUCCAUGGGCAGCGCACACGAUGGAGAACCCUCAUACCCUCUUUCCGGUCGACGCCCUUCUCUUACUAGUUAA